AUGGCGAAACCAAGGUGUCUCUCGCGCAUCUUCGCCAUGCUCUUCCUCGCAUAUCUCACAGCCGCCCUCCCAACAGCCGCAAACUCAACCGCCAUGACGACGACAGUCACCUCGCCCUCAGCGACAAGCACACCGAUCCCCUCCCCGGUCUACCUCCUCAUCAAUCCCGCCGCAACGCCCGCCGGCCCGCCCGACUACGACGCCCUCGUCCCCGCCGACCCGGCCACGACCCCGCGGGCCACGGCCGACCUCGCCGAGCACGGCCUCCGCCAGACGACGUACUACUCGUGCGCCACGUAUGCGACGACGACGCACUGCGGGUGGCACAGACCUCUCAUCCCCGUCGCCGCGUCGUCGGGGGCGGAGAAGACGGCCGGCGUGGGCUCUGUUGCGAUGGUGGCUGCCGCGUCGAUCGCCGCCCUGCUGGCGGUGGGGUUUCCGGGGAUCGAAUGCUUUUUCCGAAGGACGUGA